AGCCCCUAUUCCCAUGCCUCGCCCCGUCCGCAUCGCAAUCUGCCAAUUCGAGUCUCAUCCACCGACACAGGAAGACUCCGUCUCGAAGAACUUUGCCAGGCUGAAGCACUUCGUCUCUGACGCCGCUAAGAAUAGCGCAGACCUCAUUGUCUUCCCAGAAUACUUCCUCACAGGGAUUAUCGCAGAUCACCUUCAUCUCGCUACGGAUGAGGGGCACUGGAUCGAAGACCUUCGCGCCCUCGCGAAGGAGUUCUCCAUCGACAUCGUGGCCGGCACCGUCGUAGAGAAGAGUAGCAGGAACAACGAACACCUGUUCAACACAGCGCGGUAUAUUGACAAACAUGGGAACGUAAUUGGGGAGUACCUCAAGAAGAACUUGUGGCAUCCAGAAAAGGAGUAUCUACGAAGCUCGACAGAAGAGCACCAGGUCUUUCAGACCGAUAAAUUCAAAGCUGGCCUCCUCAUCUGCUGGGACCUCGCCUGGCCCGAAGCAUUUCGCGCUCUCCUCCUGCAGGGCGUCGAGGUCGUCAUCGUGCCCACAUGUUGGGUCCUCGAUGACGUGGGUGAGAUCGGAUUGAAACAUGACCCAGAGGGACUCGGUGAGAUAUCAUGGUUGGACAGUCUUGUGGUCAAUCGAGCGUACGAGAAUGAAUGUUGUGUUGUUUUCGUGAACUGCGGUGGUCCCCGCUCCUCCGGCUUUCUCGGCCGCUCAAGCAUAGCUCUACCUUUCAAAGGCGCCUUGACACGCAUGGAGAGCCCAGACGAGGAGAUGCGGAUCGUGGAUAUUGAUCUUGAUAUACUCAAAGACGCAAGAGAGGUGUAUAAAAUUAGGGAGGAUCUGGAGGGUAAACUGGAUAGUGCGAGGGAGGUGUACAAGGUUAUCAGUACGGGCGCUGGCACGGGUGACAGCAGCGGUGCUAGCUAAUGAGAGAUUGGAGGCGCAAUACGACAGUCGUCUGUCACGGUGUAAAACGAGACAGUGACAGUAGGGCGAGUCGAUUUGUUCGGGACGACCGCAGAAUGUAAUAAGUAUUGUAACCUGAUUUGUGUGUAUCAUUUAGUUGAAUCCAUGUUGUGUAUUUCAUCGACUUUCUG